AUGAACCUACGAGAUACUGGAAAGUUAGAAACUUGGGAUAGAUUUUUUGAUUAUUUAAUUAACACUUUUUAUUACCGUUUUCGCCAGCAAUUAGGUUAUCCCUUUGGUCAUUUUCAAUCGGAACCCAUGGUGCGUUUUGGUGAUUUGGCGAUUUAUAAUCGCACCAUUUAUCUUAACCGCUUAUUUUUAUACCAACAACUAGGUCUACGAGUUUACUUCCUUAACCCCACUGAAUUUAAAGAAUUGUUUGGCUUGGAUAACUUAAUUAGAGUAUUAGCUCAUGAAUUAGGACAUGUAAUUUUAACCGACACCCAACCGGAAGCCCAAGAAAUCAACGGCGGACAUGGUAAGGAACAUGACAAAACUAACACAGAGAUUUUAAAGUUAAUCAAAGCUUCUUCGGAAUACCAAGAAUUACAGAAUUAUUGA